GAGGGGCCCAGGUCGGGAGUUGUACCUUGUUCUUCCGGGGCGCAAGAUGGCGCUGCCCUUUGCACGUUCGCCUUGCCUCUGCCGCUGGGGAGCCAAACGAUUGGGGGCUGCUGCCGCAGAAGCCCGCAGAGGCGUCAGUUUCAAACUGGAAGAGAAAACCGCCCACAGCAGCCUGGCACUCUUCAAAGGUGACACAGGCGUCAAGUACGGCAUGGUGGGGUUGGAGCCCACCCAGCUGGCCCUGAACGCGGAGCGCUUCCGGGAGUGGGCGGUGGUGCUGGCAGACACCGCGGUCACCAGUGGCCGGCACUACUGGGAGGUGACGGUGAAGCGCUCCCAGCAGUUCCGGGUCGGGGUGGCCGAUGUGGACAUUUCUCGGGACAGCUGCAUCGGAGUGGAUGCCCGUUCCUGGGUGUUCGCCUAUGCCCAGCGCAAGUGGCACACCAUGCUGGCCAACGAGAAAGCCCCUAUUGAGGGCAUCGGGCAUCCAGAGACGGUGGGGCUGCUGCUGGAGUACGAGGCCCAGAGGCUGAGCUUGGUGGAUGUGAGCCGGGUGGCUGUGGUCCACACGCUGCGGACAGAUUUCCAGGGCCCAGUGGUACCUGCCUUUGCCCUUUGGGAUGGAGAAUUGCUGACCCAUUCGGGGCUUGAGGUGCCCAAGGGCCUCUAGGACAUCCAUCCCUGGAGUUCCUGGUCACACGCUGGGCCAGCGUCCUCCUGAGAGUGUCUGAAGCCUUUUAACGUUGCCUCCAGCAGCCUCUAGCUCCCACAGUUCCGGUCCUCUGUGCAGCGUCGCAGUCACUUCCCUCUCCCCUGUGGGAGCUAGGCUACUGCCAGUUUUCCUAGGCUACCAUGAGUGUCUUCCCUGACUCGCUGCCUUGGUCCCUCCGUCUUCCUGUGCCCAGGCCCUUCUCAGACUGUAUUCAGUCCUGGGGUCUUACCUCUCAGCGUUGUUUGGAUGUAUUCACCACUAUGAUGCCUUUCUCUCCCUUUACCCAUGUGUAACUUCUGUCUGUUCUCGGUGUUCUACUGAGUCUCUCCACAGGAAAGCCUUCCUGCCUCUGGCUGGAGGAGUGGUUCGGUGACGUGGCCCCUUCUCUGAAGCACAUACGGAGCCCGGGCUCCGGCUCCCUCGGGAAGUGCUUUACUGUCUGUCUGAGUGAGAACAGAGCCCUCCUUCCUCAGUACCUCAAAGCUGGACUCUCGGCCCCACACACCUGCAGCUACCCUCACCGUGAGUCCAUCUGCCUUAACCUGCAUACCUCCGACACCUGGACAACCCCUUGUACUCACGGGCCAGUUACAACCACCACCAAAGGGAGAGAGACCCUGGGGGGAUAUCAAGGGCAUUUGUGCUGGAAACUUUAUUCUUGAGAAGUUCCAUCCUCAUUUCUGCUACAGUUGGAACUUCCAGAGGGAGAGAGACCUGAGGGCUUGCACAUUUUGGGGCCUGCUCAGAUCCAAACCCUUUCCCUCCCACUGCAACCUUGGCAGCAGAAUACACUUAACCUAAAGCAGUAUUAGGGGUUGAGGAAAACCUGGUGGGAUGAGCAUCUAUGUGAAUACAUUAUUUCUGUUUGACCCUGUGGCUCCAUCUUAUUCUGUCUUUAUGAUGGUGAUGCAACUGAAUACCUCCAGGGGAGAAAGAGGACUGGGUUUAGUAAAAAUAAUCAUUUGUGUAAUUAAAGUUUAUUUAAGCACAAAAUACUUUCUCUGUCUAUAAAAUUUCUGUUUCCUUGCCAAGGGGGACAGAUCUCUCCAGACAACUAAAACCAGGUGCAUAGCUCUAUAUAGACAUGUGCGUGGUGGCUAGAGCCCCUUCACCCAAGUGUCUCUCUCUUUCUCUCUCAUGAUGGUUUCUUCAGGGAGAGGAAGAGGGGACCUGGGUGAAGACCUGGGAAGAUUUUGAGUGGGCUAGGCAAUUAGGCUAUACCUUGAAGAAGCCCACAGUCUCCGUGGAUAGCUCUACUGCAGGUAUCCACCUAGGCACUUCUCUAUACUCUGCCAAGGGAAAUGGGGUAUUUUGCCUCUCACAGAAAGCACUGGCCUGUCUUGGUCUGCACUGAAGGAGUGCAGCUCUCCAUAGCAUGUUUGGUGGUUAUGGGUUAAAUGUGUGGCCAGUUCAUGAUUUUUCUUGAGCAGGGACCAUGUGUGCUCCAUGCUCACACCAUGCUCUCUAAGUUCUCUUUAGACAGAGCCUCAGCUGCCACUUCAGCCUGGUUCUCAUAUGGUGUGUAGGAGUCCUGGUAAUCUUGAAGCAGUUUCACUACCUCCAGGUGAUUGAACUGCACAGCAUCGUCCAGGGGAAUGUUGCCCCACCUGAGAGGAACAAAGAAGACAGAGAGAGUGCCCUGGUUCUAUAGAUAACAGUGGUGGCUACCCACACCCCCUUUUAGCUUAAUCCUACUCACCUGUCCUUGACAAAAGGAUUCACUUUGCAAGCCUCAAUCAGAAAUUUAACAACUUCAAUGUGUCCUAGGAAUACGGGCAGAAGGAAAAUGAGAGGGUACAGAUCCUGAACCUUUUGGUGACAACAAUGGUGCAGACCCUUGGCAGCUGGAGUUCUGAACCAAUAAAGGAG